AUGAUGUUCUGUGAUGUAUUUGAUCUAACUUCUGAUUUCUUAUUUAGAGUUGGUGGCCGUGAGAAAUUCUUCCAUUGCAAGAAAUGUGGCUCUUGUUAUUCAGUUAGUUUGCGUAACAAUCAUUCAUGUGUGGAAAACUCCAUGCGACAUCACUGUCCUAUAUGUUAUGAGUAUCUCUUCGACUCUUUGAAAGAUACAAUCGUUAUGAAAUGUGGACACACCAUGCACUGUGAAUGUUACCACGAGAUGAUAAAGCGUGAAAAGUACUGCUGCCCAAUAUGCUCUAAAUCAACCAUCGACAUGUCCGUAACCUGGAAGAGAAUAGAUGAAGAGAUAGAAGCGACUGUCAUGCCUGAUGAGUACAGAUAUAAGAAGAUUUGGAUUCUGUGCAACGAUUGCAAUGACACGACCGAGGUUUACUUCCAUGUAAUUGGUCAGAAAUGCAGCCAUUGUGAAUCGUACAAUACUCGGACAAUUGCAUCUCCUGUUCUUCCUCAAUGA